AUGAGGAAAGAUGCUGCAGAACAGGCAGAGAUGGUUCACAACACCACUGCAGCUGACGCUUUGGCCAACUGGACCAUCCAAGAGCUUCUCAUUGCAAUCCCCGAUGACAAGGGAGACUUUGUGGCAAGCCAGGCAGCCAAAUGCCAAAGUGGCAUGCUCCUCGGUGCGGAGGUGCAGAAGCGCUUCCUGGAUUCUCCUCAUGAUCCGAGGGUGCUGUGCCCAUCUGGUGAGAAGGUUCCAGCCGUGAUGCUUCACAGCAAUCCACAAGGCAAGCCUACACUUUGCCGCACGCGCUGCUGUUCCCAGACUUGCACGGCUAUCAGUGGAAACGACCCGGACCAGAUCAUGUUGGAUGGGUGCCUGAUGCGGGACGUGUGGAAAACCUACAAGGCAUGCGGGGCGCACGGUGCCCCAAAGCUACAGCUUGAGGAUGAUGCUGAUGCUGUGAGUUGGGUCCUUACCCACGUAUGCCUUGCCGUCGGCCGAGGCUACACCUUCACUUCGCAGGAGCUGAGUCGCUUACAGCGACUGGAUGUGGCUGUGCGAGAGGCCAGGCCGUCCCAGCCCGUCAUUCAGUCCAGCAAGGGCCAGGGUCUUCAGACUCCCGAUGUGGGAUCAGCAUCGGGAAGCCAAUCCAUGGUCGUGCGGCUGCUGAUGAAGUGCUGGGAGAUGAUUCAGGAGGUUGAAGUGUCUGCCUUUCGCCAGGUAUUUUCGCGCAUGUUCACUGCGUGCCGACAUGCUUGGCAGGUGAAGCAGAAUGCGAACUUUUGA